GAAGCUUUUUGUGGUGGUACGUUGGUAUCUCCUUGUUGGGUCCUAACCGCAGCGCACUGCAUUAGGAAACGCCUAUACGUUCGCCUCGGCGAGCACGACCUCGCUGUUAAAGAAGGAACAGAGCUUGAAUUCCGGGUGGACUCGGUCGUAAUUCAUCCGGAAUACGAUGCCGACACUGUCGACAACGAUGUGGCACUUCUCAGACUUCCGGUAACUCUAAGCCCAUCAGCAUCACGAGGAGUUGCUUGUCUACCAGCUCCACGACAGCCGCUACCCACAAAUAAACUUUGUAUGAUUAUCGGAUGGGGAAAGUCCAAAGCCACUGAUGAUUUUGGAACUGAUGUUUUGCAUGAAGCCAAGAUACCUAUAGUAUCAACGAAAAUGUGCAAGAGUGUGUACGUAGAUUAUCAAAUAACAGAGAAUAUGUUCUGCGCUGGUUAUCAAAAAGGAAGAAUGGAUUCUUGUGCAGGAGACAGUGGUGGUCCACUUCUCUGUAGAGACCCUAAACGCCCGGAUCAUGCCUGGACUAUUUUCGGCAUUACAAGUUUCGGAGAGGGUUGUGGGAAACGCGGAAAAUACGGUAUCUACGCUCGACUAUCCAACUACGUGAAAUGGAUAACAAAAAUCAUGGAAGAAAACGACGGUGUUUAACCAUUUUUCUUAAAUAAUCUCUUAACGAGCAUUUCCUUUCUACGGGAGUUCUUCAGUGUAACAAGUGACGGUGGAUGGGAGAGAAAAUUCGAAUUUUUACUAUAAUAUUUUGAAUUUUAGGAUUGUAAUAUUGUUAUACAGUUAA